AUGGUAUUCCUACGAGUGUUGUCCACAACCAUACAUGUGUUCAAGUGGUACGAAGACGACCCGUUUGACCGCAACAGCGCGUCCCAUAAGUCGCUAAUGCAGGUCCGAUACACGUGUCAUAUGGCGGUCACCAAACUUAUGAACGAGAAGUACCCCCAGGAGGACCGCCUGUGGCUCAACCAGUUUGAUAUGGCAAUGACUCAGUGGUCUCUCAUUGGACUCGUAGGCAUUCGUCCGAAAGAGUGCGGCUUUCAUAUGACAAACAAACAUGAAUUUGAAGAAUACAUGUAUUUCUGGAAAGUAAUCGGUUAUUGUAUGGGAAUUGAGGAUCGAUUCAAUAUAUGUCAGAAUAAUUAUGAGGAAUCGGUCGCCUAUUUUGACAUUUGUUUCAAUGAGUGCUAUAAAAAGCAUUUGGACGAACAGUGCCCUAAAGUGCAAAUGGGCAUGAAAUUGACCCAGGGCGUCUUCUUGGGAAUCAAUGGAGUUAUGCCUAAAUACCUGUUCAGUUACGAAGGCUUUAUGAAGUACUGGUACGAAGCACUCGGUGUUAGACAUCCUAUUGUACUGCAGAGGUUGGACCAGAAGUUAUCCUAUUAUAUGAUGAAAUAA